CUCUCUCUCUCUCUCUCUUUUUUAAAAUUAUCUUUGCACCUUCUAAAGGACUAGCCGAACUAGAGUUUGGGAAGUGAUCACCAUCCAUUUUAGCUUUCAAAUGUAGAAGCAAGGGAGUCAGACUGCUGCUAUCGGUGAACAAUCUGAAAAGGAUGAUGCAGACUUCAUUUUGUCCCUUCUCCCCCCUAAAUGCACGACAGGAUUGAUCUGUAAGCUAAGCUCCGCUCUGCAUCCGUAUCUCCUUGCGAAUUGUAUUGUCUCUGGGAUCAGAAAUGAUUUUCUCGGAUAUGAACAGCGUUUCUGGCUCCCCCAAGAUGCACCCUCCUAAUGGGACCCGGUUCUAUACUUUUCAAGAAUUUGCUGCUCUAACAAAGGAGUUAAGUGCAUGCAGGGAGCAAUUGCUGGAAAAGGAAGAGGAAAUUUCUGAACUUAAAGCUGAAAGAAACAAUACAAGAUUGUUACUGGAACAUUUGGAGUGCCUUGUUUCAAGACACGAAAGAUCUCUGAGAAUGACGGUGGUGAAACGACAGGCUCAGUCUCCAUCAGGCGUUUCCAGUGAGGUGGAGGUUCUCAAGGCACUGAAAUCUCUGUUUGAGCAUCACAAGGCUUUGGAUGAAAAGGUAAGGGAACGGCUGAGGGUUUCUUUAGAAAGAGUCUCUGCACUGGAAGAAGAAGUAGCUGCUGCUAACCAGGAGAUUGUUGCCUUGCGUGAACAAAAUGCACAUAUUCAAAGAAAAAUGGCAUCUGGAGAAGGGUCCACAGAGUCAGAACAUAUCGAUGGAAUGGAACCCGGGCAGAAGGUUCAUGAAAAGCGUUUGUCCAAUGGUUCUAUAGACUCUACCGAUGACACUAGUCAAGUGGUGGAACUUCAGGAAUUGCUCGAAAAGCAAAAUUAUGAAAUGGCACAAAUGAAAGACCGCUUGGCAGCCCUUUCUUCUCGAGUUGGAGAAGUAGAGCAGGAAGCCGAGACAGCAAGAAAGGAUCUCAUUAAAACAGAAGAAAUGAACACUAAAUAUCAGCGGGAUAUUAGAGAGGCUAUGGCACAGAAAGAAGAUAUGGAAGAAAGAAUCACUACCCUUGAAAAGCGCUACCUCAGUGCCCAGAGGGAAUCCACCUCCAUACAUGAUAUGAAUGAUAAACUCGAAAAUGAACUGGCAAAUAAGGAGGCGAUUCUUCGUCAGAUGGAAGAAAAGAACCGGCAGCUGCAGGAACGCCUAGAACUGGCUGAACAAAAGCUGCAGCAGACAAUGCGAAAAGCUGAGACAUUACCAGAAGUAGAGGCUGAAUUGGCUCAGAGAAUCGCAGCACUUACUAAGUCUGAUCCAACCUCUUCUACCUCAUCCGAUGAUUAUCAAUAUGUUAUGGAAGCUAAACUACAAGAAUUGAUCUCCAUACGUAGGAAGGCUGAAGAAAGGCAUGGAAAUAUUGAAGAACGCAUGAGACACUUGGAAGGUCAGCUUGAAGAGAAGAACCAAGAACUUCAGAGAGCUAGACAGAGAGAGAAAAUGAAUGAAGAACACAACAAAAGGUUAUCCGAUACUGUGGACAGACUUCUGACAGAAUCCAAUGAACGUCUGCAGCUGCACUUAAAAGAAAGGAUGGCAGCUCUAGAGGAGAAGAAUGUUUUAAUUCAAGAAUCUGAAAACUUCAGAAAAAAUCUGGAAGAAUCUUUACAUGAUAAGGAACGAUUAGCUGAAGAAAUUGAAAAACUGAGAUCAGAACUUGAUCAGAUGAAAAUAAGAGCAGGUUCUUUAAUUGAACCUACAUUAACACGAACUCACAUAGACACCACAGCAGAGUUGCGAUAUUCCGUAGGUUCACUUGUUGAUAGCCAGCCUGACUACAGAUCCACUAAAGUGAUAAGAAGACCGAGGAGAGGGCGAAUGGGAGUCCGAAGAGAAGAACCCAAGGCUAAAUCACUUGGGGAGCAUGAGUGGAACAGAACUCAGCAGAUUGGAGUUUUGAGUAGCCAUCCAUUUGAAAGUGACACCGAGAUGUCUGAUAUCGAUGAUGAUGACAGAGAAACUAUUUUUAGCUCCAUGGACCUUUUGUCUCCAACUGGACAUUCUGAUGCCCAAACACUAGCCAUGAUGCUUCAAGAACAGCUAGAUGCAAUCAAUAAAGAAAUCAGGUUAAUUCAGGAAGAAAAAGAAUCGACGGAACUGCGUGCCGAAGAAAUAGAGAAUAGAGUGGCCAGCGUGAGCCUGGAAGGUUUGAACCUAGCGAGGGUCCACCCAGGUACAUCUAUCACCGCCUCAGUAACAGCUUCAUCCCUGGCAAGCUCAUCACCUCCCAGUGGCCAUUCAACUCCUAAACUCACUCCUCGCAGCCCGGCCCGGGAAAUGGAUCGAAUGGGAGUUAUGACACUGCCAAGUGAUCUAAGGAAACAUCGACGAAAGAUUGCAGUGGUGGAAGAAGACGGUCGUGAAGAUAAAGCGACAAUAAAAUGUGAAACCUCUCCACCUCCCACACCUCGAGCUGUCCGAAUGACUCACACCCUUCCUUCUUCCUACCACACAGAUGCCCGAAGCAGUUUGUCUGUGUCUCUGGAACCAGAAAGCCUUGGUCUUGGCAGUGUCAACAGCAGUCAGGACUCACUCCAUAAAGCCCCCAAGAAGAAAGGAAUAAAAUCCUCAAUAGGACGUUUGUUUGGCAAAAAGGAAAAGGCCCGACUUGGACAGCUCAGAGGCUUUAUGGAAACAGAAGCUGCAGCACAAGAAUCUCUAGGUUUAGGCAAACUUGGAACUCAAGCAGAAAAAGACAGAAGAUUAAAGAAAAAGCACGAACUCUUGGAAGAAGCCCGGAGAAAGGGGUUGCCUUUUGCCCAGUGGGAUGGUCCUACAGUUGUUGCAUGGCUAGAGUUGUGGCUGGGAAUGCCGGCGUGGUAUGUGGCAGCUUGCCGGGCCAACGUGAAGAGUGGGGCCAUCAUGUCGGCGUUGUCGGACACCGAAAUCCAGAGAGAAAUCGGCAUCAGCAAUCCCCUCCACCGCCUGAAACUGCGGCUGGCCAUCCAGGAGAUGGUUUCCCUCACCAGCCCCUCAGCUCCUCCCACCUCUCGAACACCCUCAGGCAACGUUUGGGUGACGCACGAAGAAAUGGAAAACCUUGCGGCUCCCGCCAAAACGAAGGAAUCAGAAGAAGGAAGUUGGGCCCAGACUCUGGCCUACGGUGACAUGAACCACGAGUGGAUCGGUAAUGAAUGGCUUCCCAGCUUGGGUUUACCUCAGUAUAGAAGUUACUUCAUGGAAUGUCUGGUAGAUGCAAGAAUGUUAGAUCACCUGACGAAAAAAGAUCUCCGUGUCCAUUUAAAGAUGGUGGAUAGUUUUCAUCGAACAAGUUUACAGUAUGGCAUCAUGUGCUUAAAGAGGCUGAAUUACGACAGGAAAGAACUGGAAAGGAGGCGAGAGGCAAGCCAACAUGAAAUAAAAGAUGUGCUGGUAUGGAGCAAUGAUCGAGUCAUCCGUUGGAUUCAAGGAGUUGGGCUACGAGAAUAUGCAAAUAAUGUUCUCGAAAGUGGCGUCCACGGAUCGCUUAUAGCCCUCGACGAGAACUUCGACUACAGCAGUUUAGCUUUAUUAUUACAGAUACCAACACAAAACACACAGGCAAGACAGAUUCUUGAAAGGGAAUACAACAAUCUCUUGGCCCUGGGAACUGAGAGGAGACUGGAUGAAAGCGAUGACAAGAACUUCAGGCGAGGCUCCUCGUGGAGAAGACAGUUUCCUCCCCGUGAGGUACACGGAAUCAGUAUGAUGCCUGGAUCUGCGGAAACACUGCCAGCGGGAUUCAGAUUAACUACAACAUCUGGGCAGUCACGGAAAAUGGCAACAGAUGUUGCUUCAUCGAGAUUGCAGAGGUUAGACAGCUCUACCGUUCGUACAUACUCAUGUUGACAAGCCUAUCAAAGAAGACAGCACUGAACUGCUAUGUCAUCUUUUCAGUCUACUCCACCUGAAGUGCACUAUCACCUUAGAAGAGAAGCAGUAAAACCAUUUGGACAAUGGGAAAUAAAUACUAGUAAAGGUUUAUUAAGGUAAAAAUGUUAUGAUCUUUUCAUGCUAAAUUAUUGUUUCAUUUACUACAAUUCUGAAAAUACAUCAUUUUUAAAAGCAUCACCUAAAUUCAAAAGAUAUGUACACUAGAUGCUUUUGUGAAAUGGAGCCAUUCAUUUUACACAUUGUUCCAUCUGUUUUAUUGUGUAAUAUACUAGACACAUUUAUGUAUUACCGUGUGUUUCUUUUAAAAGUGUAAGUCUUAUGUAAAUGUAUAUAAAUAUGAUUUUUUAAAAAUAAAAUUUAUGGUUCAUGGAGUCUGGGUGCAAACACUUGACAAUUCCAAGUCAGUACUCCUGUUUGUAUCUUUCCAUUCCACCAUUUUUACAGUUUUUGAAUUGUAACAGUCUAAUGAAUAUGUUUAGCAACGUUAGAAGCUUCAACAUGUUCCUCCUCAAAGUCUGUCAAAGCUGAACACCUGCCUCUGGUUAGAUAUAAUAGAGAACGAUUUGACCUGGAUCCCAAAUGGAAUUCAACUCAAAUCAGAAAUGUCAGAACCCUACCGAAAAGCACUGAUGGCUCAUUCUCUUUUUCAACGUGAAACAAACUGUUUACAGGAAUCAAAAACAAGUACUAAAAAGGUUUAUAAAGACAAACUUACACUCUAUUGUUACCUGUGGACCAAGAAAGAGACCUUCUUCGCUAAGAAUUGCAUUUUCAUUCUGAGAUCUUCAAUCGCCAGCCAACAUUGGAUAGUGACUCUCCACCGCUACAAAGAGUCUGAUGUUCAAAUUCCUAAUGUACAAAAAAAAAAAAAAAAGAAACCCUCCUCUUUCUUUCUUGUAAUGGGGCAUUAGUCAGACCCAUGGCCAAUGUUAUAUGCUUUUAGCCAAGAUGGCCUUGUUGAGACUUCACUGAAGUCCAGUUUAUCAGAGGAAGUAACUGAAAGACAGAAUGAUAAACAUAUAUAGUAUAAAAGUACAGAAGAACAACUGUUCUGUGGCUUUAUUUGGUGGUGUUACUGUUGUUUAUUCUUUGUUUAUAUGGGAAAUUUUAAAGUAAAGCCUAUUCAAUACUGUCACUUAUCUAUUUGCUCAGUUUUUGCUGCUUGAUCUUACUAAGCUCAAGAUCUGUCUUUUAGUUAUUUCUUUCUGCCAUUUGAGUUGCAAUGUUUGCACGUUCAUAAACAUUUGUUUCGUUGUCUUUUUGUUCAACAGAUUUCAGUCAAAAAGGUAAUGGUGAGAAUUUUUCCCCCACUGUCAAUAAAAAAAAGCAAACCUA